GGGCCCACGAGGGAAGCUAAACUAAGAAAUGAUGCGUGCAUCUCUCCCUUUUCAGUCUAUCGCUCCUUCCUUUAUUCGGUUUCCUCCAUUGAAGCUUUCUUCGCUUCUCUCAACGCCAUGAAUGCGUCCUUAAGCAACACUCUCAACCACUACCACAACUAAAGAAACGUUUCAUAUGCUCUCCCUUCUCCUUUCUCACCCUCUCUGAAGUUUUCUUUCUGAUUUUCUACAAGCCAGCCCAUUCAUUUUCCCUCUUCGCCGCCUCUUUUAACUGGUCAAUUAUGUCCGACGUGUAGUUUUAGAUGUUUUAUGUUUCCCCAUAGAAAGGUUCUGAAAUACAUUGCUCUGCUGAAGAUUUUCCACAAUGGAGGGAGCUUCUCACAUUGAGCAUAUGAGUUCUAUAUCAGGACUUCUGCAUGAAUUGUGGCCCCUGGAUGAAAUUGAUCCAAAUAAAGCCAAGUUUCCAUGCUGCCUAGUUUGGGCUCCACUCCCAAUUGUCUCAUGGUUGGCACCAUUCAUUGGACAUGUUGGCAUUUGCAGGGAGGAUGGAACUAUAUUAGACUUUGCAGGAUCUGGUUUUCUGAAUGUUGAUGGUUUUGCUUUUGGUCCCGUGGCUAGACGACUUCAACUCGAUAGAAAUCAGUUGUUAAUCCAGUGUUGCUUUCCCCCAAACCUAGCCGGGCACACGUGCAAGCAUGGAUAUACGCACACCAAAUAUGGAACUGCAGUUACAUGGGAUGAUGCUCUACAUUCAAGCAUGCGGCACUUCGAACAUAAAACCUACAAUCUCUUCACUUGCAACUCUCACUCAUUUGUCGCCAACUGCCUGAAUCGACUCUGUUAUCACGAAUCAAUUGAGUGGAACAUGAUAACCGUGGCUGCUCUAAUACUGUUCAGGGGACGCUGGAUCGACUGGAAGUCGGUAAUCCGAUCAUUCUUUCCUUUCACAGUGGUGAUCUGCCUGGGUAUUGUUUUGGUUGGCUGGCCCUUUCUUAUUGGGCUGUUUUCUUUCUCCGUUCUCCUCAUGGGGUGGUUCCUGAUGAGUACUUACUGUCUGAAAAACCUGUUAGAGUUCUAGGAUCCUCAAACUGAUUUUUGAUGCUGGGAAAUAAUGUUUAACCAGCAUCAUGAAACUUAACUGAUUAUAGAGUUGUUUUAGAAAUGAAACUGAACAAUUUCUGAAGAUGAUCAAAUAAAGAGUUAAGCCUACCAAUUAGGAU